AUGCCCAAACGCUGCCUGUUAGGAGGCUGUAGCAACAGUAACCAGAGUGGCGCCACCAUGCACCUGAGGCCAAAAGACAAGUCUGUGGCUCGAAAAUGGACAAAUUUUGUUAGGCCUACCCAAACGAGGGUGUUUUUGUUUGGAUCGACUCCAUACUCCGUGCUGUGUUGUGAACAUUUCCCAGCAGAUUCUUACAGCAACAGUCAGCUGGAGCGGAAGCUUGGUGUGAAACCUAAACUUAAAUCGGACGCAGUACCCGUUUUUCAAGCCGACAGAAGUAUUUCAUACACAAGGAAACCUGCUACUGCAUGCACAGCAGUACAGUGCAACCUAUUGGACGCACCCGCUCUCAGCCGCCUGUCUGAGGUUGAUGAAGAUAGUGGUGAGGAGAGUGAAGAGUCGGAAGAAGAUGACCAAAAUGAGACAGAGGAUCCAGUUUAUCACCCUAACGAGAAAGACUUGCAAGAAGAGGAGCCAAUCAUUAGGUUCGUUCAAAAUAUCAACACUCAUGCAGUAUCUAUGAAGAUGUCCAAUUGA